AUGGUGGAACGUAAGGAAAGCUUAAAAAUACUCAACAAAUUCGCCGGCGAGGACCUGACGGCUACGCUACCGAACGUGCGCACGGUUUUCGCCGGUGAUUCUCAUGAUGGAAAACAGCGUGAAUCCCGAGUAUUCCUGCUCCUCGGUGCCUCCAACACCAAGAAGUCCGAGUUGAUCGAUUUUAUGUGCAACUAUUUCUAUGGUGCUACGCUGGAAUCGGAGGAGCGAUUUCAUAUCGCUAACGAGAAAUUCGGAAACUCGACCCCACCACGCUCCAUCACUACCUACGUUUUUAACAAUGCCGAAACGACGUUCCGACCCAUCGUUAUUGACACCCCGGGUGUAGGCCAUAAUCACGAGUGCGAAAAAGAGAUCCACGACCUUUUUACCUCGUGGCUGUCCCACAACGAUCGACACCGCAUUGACGUUGUUGGGGUGGUCCUUUCGGCGCAGACACGAAUGACCAGUGCAGAGGAGAAGGAGUUGAACAAGGUCCUAACCUACAUCCCGCUACACCUCCGAAAAAACAUCGUACUCCUCGUGGGAGACUCGGAUGGAGCCCCGAUCAACAUCGGUAUCCUGCGUCGUCUCAAUCUCCACGGGCACCCCGAGUACAAAUUCAACAGCGAAUGCAUGUUUGAGAAGAAGCACGACGAUUCCCUGAAGGAAUACCUCCGUGAGAACUACUGGCGCAUGAGCGAGAAGAAUUUCGCUGCACUCUUCGAGCAGACUGAACGCUUCGAACCGAAGACCAUCUCCGGACAGCCGCACCAAGAGCCUCGAUUUACCCCGAUUGAGGGAGGACGGAAUUUGAGCGACGUCACCAUGUCCAGCGUCACCACAACGACCACCACGACCAAGAAGGUGCAGAAUGAGGAGACGGCUUCUUCACAUUACUACAGUACCAUCGAGUCGUUACCUCCAGCACCAACAAGGCCUGCGCCGCCACCACCGAUCCCUCAGGUAUGGGUU